AAGUCAAAUACUCUUGACAACAGUUACAACUUACUACUAGUAAACACACAACAAUGGAACCAAUUAUCACUUCGUUGUUAGACACCGAUCUAUACAAAUUGUUUAUGCACGCUGCUGUUCAUAAACAUUUCCCCAAUGUCCCAGUAAUCUACAAAUACACCAAUCGUACUCCCCAAUUAAAAUUGAAUAAGGACGCUAUUCAAUGGGUCAAACAUCAAAUUCAAUCAUUGGAAAAUUUGAGAUUUACUAAUGAAGAAAUUGAAUUUGUAAAGAAAACAUUACCUCAAUUCCCAGCCGAAUAUUUUGAAUAUUUACAAACAUUCAAGUUCAAACCAGAAGAACAAAUCAAGUACCUUGAUGGUGAUGACGAUUUGAAGUUGGAAGUUGCUGGGAAUUGGCAAGAUACUAUUCUUUACGAGAUACCAUUAUUAGCACUUAUUUCCGAGGCAUAUUUCAAGUUUGUGGAUACUGACUGGAGUUAUGACGGACAGUAUGAACAAGCCUUGGACAAGGUCAGACAAUUGGUGGGGAACAAAUGUGCCUUUAGUGAAUUUGGAACUAGAAGAAGAAGAUCGCUUAAAGCUCAAGAGAUUGUUGUUCAAGCCAUGAGCGACUUUAGAAAGGAGAACCCCGAGUUGGGUGCCAAGUACAUCGCUGGUACUUCCAACGUUCAUUUAGCCAUGAAGUACUCGUUUAUGCCAACAGGGACUGUGGCACAUGAAUGGUAUAUGGGAAUUGCGUCAAUCACGCAAAAUUACCCGGAAGCCAACAGGAUAGCCAUGGAUUACUGGAUUGACACCUUUGGUAAAGAGAAUGCUGGAUUAGCAUUGACUGAUACGUUUGGUACUGACAAUUAUUUGUCAGUUUUCAAGCCUCCAUAUUCGGAUGCAUAUGUUGGGGUCAGACAAGAUUCAGGAGAUCCUGAAGUAUUUGCUGAGAAGGUUGCUGCUCAUUAUGCUAAAUUGAACUAUCCCAAGAAUUCGAAGGUUAUUUGCUUUAGUGAUUCGUUAGAUAUUGAAAAAUGUUUAAAGUAUAGAAAGAAAGCUGAUGAAUUGGGGCUACUUACUACUUUUGGUGUGGGGACAUUCUUUACCAAUGAUUUUAUCUCUACGACUACUGGUAAGAAGUCUGCUCCAUUAAACAUUGUUAUAAAGUUGAGAGAAGCAAACGGACAAUUUGCGAUCAAGAUUAGUGAUAAUAUUGGUAAGAAUAUGGGAGAUCCAGCCACUGUGAAGCGAGUCAAACAAGAGUUGGGAUACAUAGAGAAGGAGUGGGAAGAAGGUGACGAAACUCAUAGAUGGACUUAGUUUAGCAACAGCUGUAGUGUACGCAGCAACAGCCGUAGUAUACCUAGCAAUAACUAUAGUAUACCAGCAACAGCCGUAGUAUACCAGCAAUAG